UUAUAUAAGCCGGAUAUAAAUCAUGGUUAAUUUUCUAAUUAACCCUUCAAAAACCACUAUUUACAAAAAUUGAAGUAAAGAGUACCCUCUCUCCCGCUCCAAGUCCCAACUCCCGAAAACACUUAACAGCGACUACUACCAGUCCUUCCAUUGUCUCAAAGUCCCUUCGCCAUGCCGGCUAUCUCUUUCUGCCCCACCACCGUCGCGGCCUACGCCACCAAUUUUUCCCUCGCAUUAAAGCUUGAGAAACCUCAAAAAUCCCUCAUUUCAUUCUCUAAACUGCCCUCCUUUUCCAAAGUGCUAAACCCUAUCAAUACUUCUUUUACUACAUCUCGAACCCUUGUUCCUCCCAAAUACUCCGCCGCCUCCGAUCUAUCUGCUCUCAGUUCUGCAUCCGCCGAUGAUUCCAUCUCCGCCGAAACUUCCUCUUUCAAAUCCUUAAAAUCUCGCCUCCGAAAUGGCGAAACUCUUUAUGGCCUCUUUCUCCUCAGCUUUUCCCCGACUCUCGCUGAAAUUGCUGGCUUUUCCGGCUACGAUUUCGUUGUCCUUGACAUGGAGCACGGACCCGGCGGCAUUACUGAAGCUCUAAGCUGUCUCCAUGCGUUAGCCGCCACUCAGACUCCAGCGAUCAUCCGCUUACCGGAGAGUUGCCCUACUUGGGCUAAGAAGGCACUGGAUCUCGGUCCACAAGGAAUAAUGUUUCCGAUGAUUGAAAGCGCUAAAAUGGCAAAGAAAGCUGUGUCGUAUUGCCGGUUUCCACCGGACGGUAUUCGUGGAUCGGCGCAUACGGUGGUUAGGGCAUCGAAUUAUGGAAUUGAUGAAGGCUAUUUGAGUAAUUACGAAAACGAGUUGCUCAUCAUGUGCCAGGUAGAGAGCGAAGAAGGGGUGAAGAAAGCGGAAGAGAUUGCAGCCGUUGAGGGCGUUGACUGUAUACAAAUGGGGCCGUUGGAUCUGAGUGCGAGCCUGGGGUACCUGUGGGACCCAGGGCACAAGAAGGUGAGAGAAAUGUUGAGAAAGGCUGAGAAGGCAGUGUUCGGGUCCAACCCCGGUAGUGGUGGUGGGGCUUACUUGGCUGGGUUUGCGAUGCCGCACGAUGGGCCCACAAAUUUGAAAUCACGUGGAUAUCACAUGGUAUCAGGUGCCGUUGAUUUGGGCAUGUUUAGGAGUGCUGCUGUAGAGGAUGUGAAGAGGUUUAAGACGUUCUUGGUUCAAGGUUCUGAUGAUGAGGAGCAUGGUAACGAUGCUGAUGAGAAGUACUGGAGCGAAUAAUUUUCUUUUUCUUUUUCUUUUUCUUUUUUUAAAAUGGGCAAAAUAAGGCUGAGAAUUACUGGAGCAUGGUCUGCUGUAAUUUGUCUUUGUUUUUUUGUAAAUGUAGUGAGUGGGUUUAUUUAUAUCUGGUUUUUGAAGUUAAGUGCAGAGAUUAGAUAAAAUAUGUUUUAGGACAUGAGUUGAGAGACCAAAUUGCACAGCUUUUAUUUGGUGUUUGAAAUUUUAAUGUCAAAUAAUUUUUAAGCUAUUGGUAAUUCCUAAAAUCGUUUAAGAAGAUUGGGCAUUGCAAGUUUUGCUUCAGUUAUUAUGGUUAAUCUCUCUGGCAGUAAUACCUUUUUGUUUCAUUUGGGCAUAUGAGUUUUACAACUUGAUUGUAGUUUACUGCAAUUCACAGUGUGUAAGAGAGAAAGACACACCAAAAAAGAUUUUAAAUGUUUAUAGAAGUAGAUAAAUUGAUGGAGUUUGUUAUGCUGCAUUCUUUAAAUACUAGUCUACUGGAAGAUGAAGCUCUUGUCUUGGCUAUGGAGAUCUCGUUUUCCUGGAUUGAUUAGGUGAAUAAACCUGUCCGGAAACCAUUUAAGGAGGGUGAUGAGGGAGGACUGAAGUUGGUUCAGACCAUUUUCAAGCCAAUCAUGUUAAGCAGAACAAAUCUAGUACAGAUCAAGAAGCAGCUUAGUGUACUGUAUAACGUUGUAAUGCAACAUAACCUCUCAGAUGCUCAAGUGAUUUACUGUGAACUGACAGAAGGUGAAAGAGAUUGCCUGCAUUGUUUAAAAGAUCCAAGGUGAAGUUUUAUCAGUUUGUAGAGCAAGGGCGGUUCUUCAUAAUUAUGCCUCUAUAUUGGACUUACUUUUACGUCUUCGACAAUGCUGUGAUCACCCAUUUCCUGUCAUGAGAAUGCCCUGGAAGGAGAAGCCAGAGAUGUUCCUUCAUGGGAAUAUAUUCAAGAGUUGUCUUGAAGCAUUUGAAGAUGCAGUAUUGACACCUUGUUCUCACCGCAAAUGCCGAGAAUGUCUCUUGGCAAGCUGGCGAAAUUUGAGUUCUGGUUUAUAUGUCCUGUUUGUAGGAAAACCAUCACUAGACAAGAGCUCAUUUCAGCUCCAACUGACAGUAGGUUUCAGAUUGAUAUUGA